AACCAUCAUCAUCAUCAUCAUCAUCUUCAAACCCUUCAUUCUUCUCUAGAAACAAAAACAAAAACAUAAACAAAAAUGAAGUUUGGUGGAUCAAAGAGAAAGAUAUCAACCAGGGGACUUGGAAGAGUUCUUAAAGAGCAAAGGGCCAGGCUUUACAUCAUAAGGAGAUGCGUCGUCAUGCUUCUCUGCUGGCAUGACUAGGCUAUAUAUACUAGGUCACCUACGUUGGUUGGUUGGUUGGUUCAUCGGCGACGACUACAUCUUCUUUUUUUGGCCUGAAUUCACACCGGCGGCAGCUUUCUCCGAUCUAUUUUUUGUGGGUUUUCAACCUAAGGGUGGGAACUUGGGAAUUAUGACAACUUUUUCGAUCCAAGUUGAGCUUCAUCAUCGAUAUAUGCCACUCUAUGUGAUUUUUAAGUCAUGGAUCGAGCAUCCAUUCAUGAUUUGUAAAUAGAAUCUACCUAGACAUGAUGUCACCACAAUUUUGUACCAAUUAUUAAGCAAUAGCCUCUUGUAUGUGCUUCAUGUAUAUCCAAGACUUUCAAUCAUAACUUUUUUGAUCUUGCAA